AUGAUACAAGGUUUAAGAAAAUAUUCAACUAAAGUGCAAACAGUCUAAGAGGGCAAGGUAAAGCUAAUCUAUCAUCACAAUAAAGAUUAAGUACAAUUCAAAAACUCUGCUGUGGAGUACAUUAUGAACAGACCAGAAUAGAUGAAUGCUUAGAAUUUGGAAGUGAUGCAAUGCGCUUUUCUGUAUUUACGUAAUUUACACUACAAUCCUGAUCAAGUUUCAAAUUUGAUGGUAAUGUAUGGAGCUGGCAAUAAAGCUUUCUGUGCUGGUGGAGAUAUUAAGUUUGUGAGUCAAUAGCUUAAAACUCAAGAAUAGUGGAUUCAAUUUUAUAAAACUUAUCAUCAAAGUCUGUAUCAGUUUACAAUUUUACCAUAGAAACUAAAUUAAGUUGUUCUUUGGAAUGGCUACACAGCAGGAGCUGCUUCUGGGAUAUCAAUGAAUGCUUAGAUUAGAGUUGCUACUGAAAAGACUGCAUUUUCAAUGCCAGAGGUUAAAAUAGGAUAUGUUAUUGAUGCAGGCUCCUCAUAUUAUUUUAGCAGAAAGUGCUUGAAAGAAGUAGGAAUGUAUUUAGGCUUAACAGGCAGACAAGUAAAGGGAGUGGAUCUUGUAAAAUAAGGUUUCGCUACACAUUUCGUUGAGGAUAGCAAGCUUGCCUAGCUUAGAUAGGAGUUGCUUAGCAAUCAUCAUGAGAAAAUCAGCCAUAAUGAAAUCCUUGAAAUAGUAAAUAAGUUUUCCACUGAAAUAAAGGAUGAAAAGAUUGAGAAUUUGGAAGAGAUAUAAGAUCUAUUUUAGUUUGAUAGUUUUCACGAGGUUUAUAAGCGUAUUUGUAGUUCUAAAACCUCCUUCGCUUAGUCUAUAAAACAUGAUCAUAUUAAUUUUCGUCACUCUCCAUAAACUUUUGCUUUGAAUUUUGAAUUGAUUAAAAGAGGAGAUCAGGCUAAGGAGUAUAAAGAGGGACUAUUUAAUGAGUACAGAGCUCAGAUGAGUUUUUGGUUAGAUAAUGAAUUGAGAGAGGGCACCAGAGCUAAACUCAUUGAUAGAGAUAAUAAUCCCAGAUGGAAACACAAGUCUGUACAUGAGAUUAGUUAGGAAGAGAUUGUAAAGUUUUUAGAAUACCCGGUAGAAGAAUCUAUCGAUGAGAUUUAUGAUUUUGAGAAAUUUCCUUAUCUUGAAAAAACUCUUAAAUUUGAAUUGGUAUGA